AUGGAAUAUUUUGGAGAUCAAGAGAAUGACUACCAGCACGUAAUUGAUACUCUGAUCCAGGCCUUUGGACAAGUGUUUAGUAAGGAUGUGAUUGCUGCAAUAGUUGAAAGCUGCGGCGGUGAUUUGAAUGAAUCAGCUAAUGCAAUCAUGAAUAUGGAUGAUGAUAAUAUAAAACAGGAUGGUUAUCAAGCUCAGGCCACAAUAAAUGAAUCGCAAUAUCAUGCUACAAAUCAACAGCCUGCUUGCACAAGUCACGAUGUCAUGAAUCAUUAUAUAGAAAUGGAAAAGCAAUUAGAAGAAUUUGCUAAAGUUGAAGAAGAGUGGGAAAAAGGGGAAACAUGGUAUGACGAUUCACAGACUGCCCUAGUUAAUGUAACUGGAGAAGAUCAUUUGGAUAAUUACCUAAAAGAGUCUAAGCCUCAAAGAAAAGGCAAAAAUGAACAAUCACAGUUUAUUAAUUCAAAAUCUGAUGAAUUAGAAUCAUAUGAUUCGAACUCUGAGAAAAUUAAAUCUAGUAAUUCAGUUUGUGAAAAGUCAGCAUUAAAUGACUCUGAUUCUGAAAAAUUAUCAGAAUCUCCCGAUUCUAAUAGACCCAAUAUCGAAUGUUUCAAACCCACUGUAGAAAAUGAAGAAAUAGUAUCAAAUGAAGAAAUUAUGUAUGUGGAGUCUCAGGAUUGGACAAAAAUAUCGAUGUUCAUGUCACCAUGGGAAAGCGAAAGUAAGUCGGACGAUAUAAAAUCAAUGAUUGAAGUUGAGAAAGUUACUAGCAGCACCUGUGUGGAAGUCGGUGAUACAGAUAUAAUGAAUGCAACAAAACCGUACAAAAUAUUGGCAACUACGUCAAGAGAUAUAAAUUUAAAUUGGCACAUAGCAUUAUGUGAAGAGAAAAUUCCUGAAAAGCGGAUGUUGGAUAAAAGUACUAUGACAAAUGAACAGGCAUUAACUGAACUUGUUCGAUGCAAAAAUGAAGAAAAACACUUCAUUGCCUUUAGAAAAAUGUUUAAGCACAUAGGAAAGUCUGAUUUAAGGGAUGUAUUUGAUCGUUGUUGUGGAGACGUAAACUGGGCGGUGAGUAUUGUGCUUGAUGGAAUGGCUACCAAACAGUUAUCAGUUGUAGAUGACGAUGAUUUGUCUGCAUCUGAUGAUGAAAUUACAGAGCAGUGCGAGUGUUUGGCCGCAUAUGAUAUAAUACCGGAUAAAUCAGUACCUAGUGUAAGUACCGAUUCAGAAUGUUUCUCAGAAAGAAUGUCUGUAAAUACACCAAUUAAACAACGAAGAAUGAAAAAAGAUGUAUCUGAAACUUCUAUUGAAUUGAAGAAACAAAUAGAAAAAAACUUUGUCAUACCAGACAAUCAUUAUUCCGAAAAUUUUCUCAAGAUUAGAAAAUUCCGUCGAGGCGAAAAGCACGAUCAUAAAAUCGAUGUUGCUAAAAAUGCGGAAAACGACGCUAAACCUGCUGAAUCUCCUGGGGACGAAGUAUUUCCAAGCACUUCUGAUGGCGACAAUGAAGCUUCGACAAUUGCUGAUGAUAGAAUUUAUUCUGAUACUGAAGACAGCGACGGUGCUAAUUCUGACAGUGAAUACGUGGAAAAAACUGUUACUGUUGAUUUAAGCACUUCGUUAGUCAGUCAACUUGAUGAAUUUUUUGGUAGAAAAGGCGCCGAGUAUCCAUCCCAUAUAUCACACAAAGUUAACCUACCAGUAGGUGUCUUGAAUGAAAUCAACGCUCUGUGGAUGGAAUCCUUGAUGGAUCAGUUAGAUCAAUUAUCAAAACAGACUGAGUUUAUGAUAAAGCAAGAUGAAGAUUUAGCGAGACAAUUAGCCAUCAAAGAAUCUGAAUUAGCCCAUGCUGGUAAAGAACCGGAAGUACCAGAUUUCAAAGAGAUAAUGGAUAUAGAAUUUGCGCUUUCAUUGUACCAGAAAGAUGUGGCGGAAUGGCGCAAUAAGGAGCCUAAUGAUCUAGCCGCCAAACUUACGCGGGAAAAGUUAUUCAAUGCGUUCCCAGAUAUUCCCCCCAAUGUUUUGUCUGAACUAUUGAUGGCACACAAUAACAACUUCGUAGAAACCGUAGAGGGCCUAUUAGUGUCAACGGGCAAAACGGAGGUUCUAGAGAAGAAAAAUGGUGUUAACAAAUUUAUAAUGAUGAAAGAAAUGGAGCAAAAAAUGAAGAUGGUUCAAGAAGAAAAACAGGCUUUGUCCGAAGUCGAAUGGCCGCUUUUGCCGCCAGUUGAGAAUGUGGAAAUGUCUGUGGUCAACAAGUACCGCAAAGAGGCAGAAAAGCACCUAGCGAAGAGGAACAUCGUGUAUCAAAAGGCACGCGAAUAUAUGAGUCGAGGUAUGACCGACGUAGCCAGCUACUACUCAGAAGUCGCCGCUUUGCACAAACGUCAUUUCGAGUAUGCCAAUUCGUUAGCUGCAGCUUCACUCAUACAGGUGCACGCAACCAAAAGCCCCGACAACUCCAUCGUCGACCUGCACUACAUGCGCGUGAACGAGGCGCGCGAGAGCGUCGACCUAUUCCUCGACGCGCACAUCCAGAAGCUGCAAGAGAGGCAGCGGAAGGGCGAGACGAAGAACCGCACGCUGUUCAUAAUAACAGGCAGGGGCCUGCACAGCAACGGCCAGCCGAAGCUCAAGCCGGCGGUCAAGAGGAGACUCGCCGAGAGGGGAAUCGCCUUUAGGGAGCGCAACCCGGGCCUGCUCGCGAUCAAAGUGCACGCGGGACACCAAUUGUCCUAUCAGGUUGCC